GUAUGCCUUUGGGGGGUGUAUAGUAGUGGGGAUGUUGUAUCGGUAUAUGAGGGGUUAAUGUUAACCCUAUAGUUCGUGACGCCAGGCUGAGGGCUAGUAUGCUGAGGUAAUUCUCCGGCCUAUCGCCGCCCUUCCCAGUAACGAUAGGUGCAUGCAUAAAAAGACUGAAGGUCCACAAGGUACUUGAACUUGGAAUCCAAUGAACAGUAACAGUCUCAGACAUACAGUCUCUGUACAGUUCAAUGACUAACAGAUGUUGCGGACCUUGACUUCUUAUGAAAGUCUCUGAAUUAGGGAAUAUUUGCAGAUCCGUCCGGAUUUAGGGGAUAGAUAAGGUCCGGUGAUCUUGCAGAGUGUUUAGGGAUUGGUACACUCAGAAAUUAGAAGUUAUCGUCCGUCGCCGCAAGGCUAAGGCCUAGACUCACUGAUGACAGCAGCGCAGAUCCUUCUCAGUCAACAGCCAGGAACCAAAGAGAGAUGCUUACAGCUUGGCUGCGCAGGAACAAGAGAGCGAUUAAUGGCCGCCAUCCCCUUAUAUGGGCAGGGGCAGGGCCAUUUUGGAUUGGUCCAAUCAACUGUCACUCACAGUUACAAGGAGUGAUGGGAGAUAAACGUCACAAGGACCUCCACAGGUCCUCAAGCACAAAACCAUGGAGUUCACUCGGUCACAAGAUCCGCAGGUCCUGUUCCGCCAUACACACAGGCAGCGAUGUCUCUCAAGAGAGUUUACUCCUUCAUGGACCCUUCGCCAGGAAGCCCAAGCGUAUCCGAACAGCGUUCUCUCCUUCGCAGUUGCUCCGGCUGGAGAGGGCCUUCGAGAAGAACCAUUACGUGGUGGGGGCAGAGAGGAAACAGUUGGCAAGCAGCCUCAGUUUAUCAGAAACCCAGGUGAAGGUCUGGUUCCAGAACAGGAGAACCAAAUACAAGAGACAGAAGCUGGAGGAGGAAGGCCCAGACUCUGAGCAGAAGAAGAAGGGUUCCCACCACAUCAACAGAUGGAGACUGGCCACCAAACAGCCCAAUGGAGAAGACAUUGACGUCACGUCCAAUGAUUAAAUGCGAGGUCCACGAGGCCACACAAGACUUUCACUGCAUCCCAUAAUGGAAGAACCAGCAUAAGACUGAGCGGUGACCACCCAGUGUGAGCAUUAUGGGGUCUUGGUUCAGGACUGUUGGCUAGAGGAGGUUACGGCCAUCAUGUGCCAUCCAUAAACAGUGAUGGUGAUGGGCACACAUUGGAUGGUUUCUCCAUAGACUUUUAUCAGCCACCACAAAUCACGACCAUGGACGGAAUAAUCAUACAGAAAAAGAAAAAAAAAAUCUCCUUUUUUCGGCCAUCUUUUAUCUGCUCCCUAAUUUUUUUUUAAUUUAUUUUCUUUAUCUGAUAAAGGAAAGAAACUGUAGCUAUUACCAAUUUAGUGUGUACAUGUGUGUUAAUAAAAAUAAUA